AUGGGUCUAGGUAUACUUGAGCCCCGGAUCGUAGUUUCCGGUUACCGGGUACCUGGCACAGUUUUGUUGGACUCCGAUGCAAUGACCUCGGAGGAAGCCAUCCGGCUCGAAGCAGCUGGCUUGAAGAAAGGAUCUGGCAAGAAUGCAGAGGUUGUGCUGGUCCCGCAGCCGUCAUCUGAUCCCAAUGACCCUCUUAACUGGCCGCUUUGGCAGCGGGACCUUAUCCUUCUAUUUUACUGUUACUGUACGCUUUGCUGUAUUGGCGGCGUUGGCCCGAUCUUGUCCUCUAUGGUUAUACCCUUGAUUAUGGAAUGGAAAAUAACUUUUACCGACGCAUCUCUACUCCUUGGAUACCAGCUCUGCGCUGUAGGUGCUGUCGGAGUUGUCGUUUCUGCUUGCGCCCGCAAGUAUGGAAAGCGCCCUACACUCCUCUGGUCAAUAUCUUGCGCUUUUGGUGGAACAAUCUGGGCGGCGCGGGCUCAAUCAUACGGCUCAAUGCUUGGAGCUCGUGUUAUGCAAGGACUCGGGAUUGCCAUGUUUGAGAGUGUUACAUACGCCAUCGUUGGUGAUAUGUACCAUGUUCAUCAAAGAGGAACACGAAUGACCUUCUACAUCAUGGCGCAGUCCGGGAUCGCCCAGCUUCCGACCACAAUCGCUGGCAAGAUUACGAUGGAUCUUGGAUGGCGUUGGGUCUUCUACCUUUUGUCCAUUUUUAUGGGCAUCGCCUGGAUCGUUGCGGUCUUCUUUGGCUGGGAGACCCAAUUCAAUCGCAAGGCUAUCUACAAUCUUGAUAUUGGAUUUCAGAACGAUAUUGACGAUGUAAUGGAACGCGUGACCGAUGACGGAGUUAUGGAACCUAAGAAGCCAGAACAAACACCACCAGUUACUACAGAAGGCAAGACCCGCGAGUCCUACGCGCAGAGACUCAGGCCAUUCCAUGGGGUUUUCACAGAUGACGCUCUUUGGAAGAUGAUCGUCAAACCAUUCUAUAUACUGAUCAAUCCAGCGAUCCUCUGGUCUUGUCUCAUCAUCGCCUUUACCACUGUUUGGAUAGUUGUCAUCUCGUCUGUCAUUGCACAAGCUUUCGCUGUGCCACCAUUUUCACUUACAAUUGCUCAGCAAGGAUACAUGUCAGCUGGGCCGCUUGUGGGGGGUUUAUUGGGCUGUAUUUGCUGUGGUCUAGUCUGUGACCCCAUUGCCAGAUAUUUGACAAAGAAGAACAAAGGCAUCUAUGAACCCGAGUUCCGACUGCCAAUGAUGAUUGCGGUUCCGGUCGUUUCAACAAUGGGGUAUUUCCUGUUCGGCAACCUGAUUCAGCAAGGGCAAAACCCUGUUUGCGCGUCAGUGAUGUUCGGUCUCGUGUUCGUUUCUGUACAGUUUGCUGCAGUUUCGACUGGUUCAUAUAUCAUCGAUGCAUUCCGUGACAUUAACGUAGAGGUGUUCAUCAUCUCGAUGACACUCAAGAACUUUAUGUUCUUCGGCUUCACUUUCUUCUUAAACGAUUGGUUCGCCGCAGCUGGUCCCGCCAAAAUGUUCGACACUAUCGGCGGUGUUCAACUUGCUUUAUCAUUAACGACGAUCCCAAUCUAUAUAUUUGGCAAGAGAAUCAGAGCUUGGUGGCAUUCUUACAACCUUCUGGUUGCGAACGAAGUCUUGUAG